GGACACCAACGCAUCUCGUCCGACCGAGACACUUCUAAACACAAGACCGCCGGUGAAUGACGGGGAGGAGAGCCCUUUAACCCCUGGCCAUCUGGAACAAGCAGCGUGGAAUCGGAACUAAAACAAUGGCUGGAGGGCGUAUUCUUGACGGCGAUCUAUAACAUGCUGUAUGUUUUGAUGUUGGUUGGCCUACCCGCGCCGCCUCCUCCUCAGUGCACUGCUUGAACAACGCAACAAUAAACGGUGUGCGUUUUCAGCUCCGUCGUCUCUGUUCAUUAUCUAUUCAUCCACGGCUCUGCCUCUGGCAGACCUGCACAGGACAUAGGGUUUUGUGUGGAAUUAUAAGUGCCAGUGUCAUCUGACUGAGAGAGAGAGAGGAGAGAGAGAGAGAGAGAGAGAGAGAGAGAGAGAGAGAGAGAGAGAGAGAGAGAGAGAAUCAUUGGCAUACACACACGUAGGUGUCUCAAUGUGAAUUUGAGUGACUGGCUGGAUUCUUGUGGAGAAGAACGGAACGGAUAAACCCAUUUUCAGCAUCUCACCCAUUUGCGCGGAGAGCGGCUAUUGCCUGCUCGUCUGGAUUGAGCAUUUGACAGCGUCUCUUUCUGCUGGAGCUUGGUUUAUCCAAGCCGUCCCUGGUCGGGCAUGGAGGGAGCCGAGAUGAGCGCCUUUCGGAGGGGUAGUGGGGUGUUUCUGUUCGGGUUGUGUUGCGUACUAAUGGGACUGUGGAGGCUCGGGACCGCCUGCCCCGCGUCCUGCUCCUGCAGCGGGACCAGGAUCGCCUGUGUGGACCAGGAGCGGGGUAUCAUGGCUUUUCCCGUGUUGCAGUCGGAGCUGGAGAUGGACAACAUUUCCGACAUAUAUAUUGCAAACCAAAGUAGCUUCUCGUCCAUCAAUGAUAAAGACCUGCAUUAUUACCGGAACCUCACGAAUCUAACUGUGACUAACAGCCGGCUUACCUAUGUAUCUCGACUGGCCUUCCAGAACAACCUCAAGCUUCAGUAUCUGAAUUUGAAAGACAACAACCUGUCAUCUCUGUCUUGGAGGAUAUUUCGACAUUUAAACAUAUCAAAUUUGAUUCUUUCAGGGAACCCGCUGCACUGUUCCUGUGAGAACAUAUGGAUGAAGCUGUGGCUGGGAGAGGAGGCCGAUGCUCAGGACCUCCAAUGUACAGCGGAGGGUGGCGGGAGGAAGCCCCUGACCAGGCUCAAGCUCCCUCACUGCAUGGUUCCCAUGGCGACUCUGAGCCCGUCCAAGGUGAUGGUGCAGGAGGGUGCUGAUGUGGUGCUGACAUGCAACACCUCUGGAGAGCCCUCUCCUGAGCUCAUCUGGAAAAUGACCCCACUCAUCUCCUACUAUGAGAUUGAGACCUCGGGCCAAGUGUCUGAGCUCCAUCUCUAUAACCUCUCCUCCCUGGACAACAACUGUAAGAUCACCUGCAGUGCUGGGAACAUUGUGGGCGAGAAUGAGUCCACAGUCCUACUUAACAUCCUCUUUCCCCCUAACAUCAGUAAGUUGAGUGAUGCCUACCAGGACCACCACUGGUGCAUCCCAUUCAGUAUGUCUGGGAACCCAAAGCCCGAGCUCCGCUGGCUGUUAGAUGGGGAGCCGGUCAUUGAGGGACCCUACAUCAUGACCAUGAUCCAUGACUUCUCUGAGAGGGAGUACCACGGCUGCCUGCAGCUGGAUAGCCCCACACACAUCAACAACGGACCGUACACCCUGCUGGCCAGCAACAAGUACGGACAGGACCGCAAGACCGUCAAUGCCCACUUCAUGCACAACCCCUUUGAGGGAGGAACAGUGACAGAACCUCUUUACUAUGACCCAACUACAGACGACACACCUCUAGAUCCACCGGAAGACAGAGUUGCUGUGUACGUGGUCGUAGGGAUUGCAGCAGUAGCCUUCACGGGUUUCCUCUUGAUGCUGGUCAUCCUAAAAUUCGGGGGGAACUCAAAGUUUGGAAUCAAAGGUGCAUCGUCUGUGAUCAGCAAUGAUGACGACUCAGCCUCUCCUCUCCACCAUGUGUCCAACGGCAGUAACACUCCGUCCUCCUCUGAGAUGGGCCCAGACGCCGUCAUCAUCGGCAUGACCAAGAUCCCCGUCAUCGAGAACCCUCAGUACUUCCGCAGCAACAGCAUGCUCAAAUCAGACACCUUUGUCCAGCACAUCAAGAGGCACAAUAUAGUUCUGAAGAGGGAGUUGGGAGAAGGGGCGUUUGGCAAGGUUUUCCUGGCCGAGUGCUAUAACCUGUCUCCUGAGCUCGACAAGAUCCUGGUGGCUGUCAAGACCCUGAAAGAGGCCAGUGAGAAUGCGAGGAAGGACUUCCAUCGAGAGGCCGAGUUGCUGACCAACCUGCAGCACGAGCAUAUCGUCACCUUCUACGGUGUGUGUGUGGAGAGCGACCCCCUCAUCAUGGUGUUUGAGUACAUGAAGCACGGGGACCUCAACAAGUUCCUCAGGGCUCACGGUCCCGACUCUGUGAUGAUGGGUGACGGUCCGACAAACCGACCCGUGGAGCUGACCCAGUCCCAGAUGCUGCACAUCGCCCAGCAGAUCGCUGCAGGCAUGGUCUACCUGGCCUCCCAGCACUUUGUCCACCGAGACCUGGCCACACGUAACUGUCUGGUGGGAGAGAACCUGCUGGUGAAGAUCGGUGACUUCGGCAUGUCCCGAGACGUGUACAGCACGGACUACUACAGGGUAAGUGUGGGCGGUCACACCAUGCUGCCCAUCCGCUGGAUGCCUCCAGAGAGCAUCAUGUACAGGAAGUUCACCACAGAGAGUGACGUGUGGAGUCUGGGCGUGGUCCUCUGGGAGAUCUUCACCUACGGCAAACAGCCCUGGUACCAGCUCUCCAACAACGAGGUGAUUGAGUGCAUUACACAGGGGCGUGUCCUGCAGCGGCCUCGCACCUGUCCCAAAGAGGUGUACGACCUGAUGCUGGGGUGCUGGCAGAGAGAGCCCCACAUGAGACACCACAUCAAGGAGAUCCACAGCCUACUGCUAAACCUAGCCAAAGCCUCUCCUGUCUACCUGGACAUCCUGGGCUGAGCGGCUGUGCGUGGGUGUCGUGGCGUGUGUGCGUAUGCGUACAUGCACGUGGCUGUACAAUACAAGAGUGAAUGAGUGUGUGCCUGUACGUGUGUGUCUAUUGAUGCACCUGUCCUUGAGUGUGUUUUAAGCUACGAUCAAACUCUUUAAAGGCAAUCAGAAGAUUCCCCAACUGUUCCCUUGUGCCCUCCCCUCUCCUCUCGAUCUCUCUCUCUCUCUCUUACUUUCUGCCUACUUCUACACUUUCAUGCAUCUCUUAACCUACCACCUUCUUCCUGCUCAAGAUACCUUAAGAAUGGUUUGCAGUGGGAAGGCUUCUCCCAUCAGCACAAAGAAUUUUAAACUGUGGCUAAGUAGUCUACAGUAAAUGGCUGAGGGCUCUAUACGAGCAGGCAGUGGGGGUUUUUCCCCAAUUGGUUUCUGCAAACGCCAUCCUUCUGUAUAUAAAACCCCUGAGGUCGAGAAGAGGUGCCUCCACUGCAGAUAGGCUGUUUCUUCUCUGUACAUAGAGGACCAGACAUCAGACCCCGCAAUGUCCUGCAAAGAGUUGAGAUGCGUUGCUCCAUGGAAGGAGACAUGGAAGCAACCAGACUGUUACUUACCCCUCAUGUCAACAAGUCAUGACGUAACAAGACAUAACAAGAUAUAGUAUUGCCCCUCAUGCUGAUGAGCAGCAACAAAUGACAUGCUAUUGUAUAACUGAAGCAAUGAUGAAAGUAAACUUAAAAGGGAGAUUUGUGGCUGUUCACCAGUGGGUGCUCUUCAGCUGUCUGUCUGUUGUCAUUGUCUGUGACUAUGUACACGAAAGAGGGUAUUUGAUACAUUUUGGGGGAUGAAGAUGUUUUCAUUCCCAUGUCAAGUGCUGAUGUCAUGUAAUUUAUCGAUGUAUGUGUCCAACAUUCUCGGACAAUCCUGAGACAGAGAGCAUGAGCAGGAUCUGUGUCAGAUCGCCCGUUCAUGGUCAGUGGCGAGGAUCUCCGUUUAGGCGUGGUUGGGUCAACUGUGGUAGAGUCCUGGCACACACACAUAUCCCCCACCCCCUACUACUACACACACACACUCAAAAGGCUUCUGCAGGAAAUUGAAUUCUGCAUGUUUUAUUAUUUUAGCCCCACAGUGCUUUAGCGACGGAGCCCCAGCCCUCGUCAGUAAUGGUGUAAUGUAUAUUUCAUUAAGGAGCUAAUGUUGGCCAUUAGCACAGUCUCCCCCUCAGACAUUUAAGACGUAUUGUUUAAUGGGAGAGAGGGAAAGGAGAUGAGGAAGUGGAGGAGAGAAAGACAGCUAGAUAGAGGGGUGGAGAGAGAGAGAGGG